UUAAUUUUUGGCUUUGUUUUUAAGUGUUGUUCCUGAACCUUUUAAAUUAAGCGUCGAUUUUUAUAUUGAGUUGGUAGUCUAAUAAAUUAGACAAUUUGGCGCUCUAAAUAAACAUGUUUUCUUUGUUAAUUUGAUUUGGUAAUUUUAAUUUUUAUUUUCGGAAAUAUAGAACAGGAUUUAAAUGUAUAAGUUUCAUAACUGCUAAAGCCAGGCGACUUAAAACCGAGUGUUUUUAAUUACAGAGACUAAAACCUUUUUUCGUAGACUUGUAUGAAUGUUACAAAACCUUUAAAUGUAAAUAUAAUUACCUAUAAAGCAUCCUAAUCAUUUUACAAAAUAUUAUUUCAAAAAACUCAUCAUUACAAAUUACCACAAAAUCGAAAUUGUAAACGGGAACACAGUUUAAUUGUGUAGCGCAGUAUUUUUGCAGUAUAUUUGUUGGGCAUAAUCACUGGGGGAUUUCUACCCUAACCACUUGUGGCCAUACUGCCAUACAAAAGCGAAUUAGCAAAAACAUUGCAAGGCGAAAACGCCCCAAAAACAAUGACUGUGAAGGCAAUUAGAUAGUUAUAGAACGCACCGAAAUGAGCAAACACAUCUGCACCCGCUGGGCCUUUGACCUGACUAGUUGGAAGCCCUCACUCCCGCAACUGAGUCAGGCGGUGGCCUCAAUUCAGCCGGAGGAACGUGUCCGACUCAUGAAGUUCCACUUCAUCGACGACUUUCUGUCUUCGCUAAUUGGUCGUCUACUGAUGCGGAAAUAUGUGAGCACAUGCAGCGGAUUGCCGUCCGACCAAGUCAAGUUCGCCCGGGAUGUGAGGGGAAAACCGUACUGGGUGAGGGAGGAUUUCGCCGGGCCACCUCUCAGCUUUAAUGUUUCGCAUCAGGGAAGCUUAGUGCUGCUGGCAGGGAUUUCGGGAGAAGGCAGUGAUCCCGACUUUGGCCUUGGCACGGAUGUCAUGAAGAUCGAGUACAGUGGUGGCAAGUCACUGGCGGAUUUCUUUCGCCUGAUGAAGAGCAAGUUUUCGGCACAGGAAUGGAGCUACAUUGGCAGACCGCAACAUGAUGAGCGGGACCAGGUGAAGGCCUUCAUGCGACACUGGUGCCUGAAGGAGGCCUACGUCAAGGAGCUGGGCGUCGGCAUCACUGUGGAUCUGGAAAAGAUCAGCUUUUCCGUGGACACAACUCACUCCCUGGAGGCGGUGAAUUCCCCUUUAAUCGGCACCAGCCUGCGUUGCCACGACAAACUCAUGGAUAACUGGCACUUCGAGGAGCAUUUACUGCAGGAGGAAUACUGUGCGGCCAUUGCAUUCCGGAAUUGUUUGCCACACGAGCAAGGAAGGUUCAAGAUACUAGGAAUUGAGGAACUUCUUGUCAAGAGUCCGAAAUCAGAACUGGAGGAAGUGCUGAGCUACUGCCAAAGGGCUCUACUUAAGCCCUACAAGCGAUCCUAAAAUAUUAGGUUCUAAGGAAUUCCUGCAUAUCUAGAUUCAUUUGUUAUCCCCAAAAUAAACAUGCAUUUAUAUUUUUUCAAUAA